UAGUGAUUCAUACUCCGUGGUGAACGUCAACAUGGAAGUUGUUGGUGAGGUGUUGGAAUGAAUUUGUUGUUAAAAAGAAUGUGUGUGGUACUUAACUCGUCCAUAUUAUAAGCUUCUAGAACUAAGCGUGUAAAUUUGUGUUCCGUUUUAUACGAAUAUACUUCCAUAUAUCGUGUCCAUAUACCCGUAAAAAUUAGAUUCAUUGCCCAUCACAUAGGUGUGUGAGAAUGGCUUUUUCUAGUGCAGCAUCUCUGUUGAAAGCACCGACAAUGUUGGAACAGUUAUUAGAGGAAAUAAACUUCCAGAGGACUAAGGAAAUGCGUCAAAUGUUAAAAGAUGAUUCUGGCUUUGUGAUGCUUCAAGGAACGACAUAUUGGACUGAUUUGUUUGUCAGACAUUUUCUCUUUCAAACAGAACAUUGUAUUGAUUGUGAUGAUUUACUGUUUUUUGUCCGGAAGCGGCAUGUCAAAGGUUCAUCUCGUUACCUCCCUAAAUUUGAGACUGAAGUAGACGUGUUUCGCAAGGACAGUCGCAAACUUCCAAUAGGGGAUCCAGAUAUUGACUGGGAAGAAACUGUUUACUUGAACCUUAUUAUUCAUCAGUUUGACUACACUUUAACUCUUGCUAUAUGCACUCGAACAAGUCCUAAAGAACUCCAAGUCCUGAAAAGACACUCACAGAAAGUAUAUGCAUCUCCAAGCCGCAGAAGAAUGGAUACUAAAGGAGAAGUAGAAGAGAUGACAUACCCUCAUAUCUGCUUCAUGGUGGACAAUUUUGAUGAGGUGUUCUGUGAUAUCUUGGUUCGAGAUGGUGAAAUGGUGUGUGUGGAACUAGUGGCUUCUGACAGAGAUGGAGCAGUUCAGGGCGUGAUAUUUCUAGGCUCCAUUCGCUAUGAUGCACUAAAGAAAGUGUAUGAUGCCAGGUCAAGUCUGAGUAGCAAGAUGGCCCAGCGGAUGACAUUUGGGCUGUUUUCUGGUGCUACAACCCAGCGGGUAGAGUUUGUUCGCAUGAAAGGACCUCAAGGAAAGGGCCAUGCAGAAAUGGCUGUAACAAAACCUAAAGGUUCUGGAGCAGAAACCCCAACUUCUGAACCUGGGCUGUGUGCAACAGACAUGUGGGACUCGGACUGGGAUGAAGACCCAGAGGACUUCUAUGUUUAUAGACAUCAGAGGCGGCUGAGUGAUCCUAGCGCAAACUUGAACAACUUUGUGCGAGGUGGAUGGAAAACAAAACCUUAUGAAACAUCAGGAGCCAAGUCUCGUUCAGAGAAUGAAGGUCUAGACUCCAUGGCUAAUGGAUUAACAGAGAUAGAGGCAGGCGAUGUGAGAGAUGAGCUCGAGUUUUGCCUGCACUCUUCUACUACUACUUCUUGUACUACUUCCUGCUGUCAAUGUGACCCGCCCCACCGCUGCACAGACAGUUUGUUGGCACCCAGCAUGGGCAUGAUGCAAAGCUAUCCUGCUGCCAGUCUCACCGCUGAUGGGAGGGUGACACAUUGUCCAUCAUGCAUCAAUAACAACAUCACUUCUAAUGAAGAUGCUGUUGGUGGGCAGAAAGUGUGUGUGGAGUUCUCUUCUGGUGAAGAAAGGGAGACAGACUGCAGCAUUACCACAGCUAACAGUGUUGGUGACAUUCAGGAUGGUGAUUGUGAUGUGAUGCUGCAGUCAUGUGAGGAAGUAUUCACAGAUGAACCAAGCAAUGUGGCCUGUGUGUGUCUGAGAGAAACGAGAAGUUUCACUCGUACAGGGUCUCUGCCUAAGAAGUGGAAAGAUUCAGUGAACAAUCACACAAAAGCUUGGGGUCGAUCUGUGACCCCACCGUAUAGAAUAACGUCUGAUGGAACAAUUGUAAAUUACUGGUGUGACUUACCACAAAAAUCUGUUACAGGGAGUCAUGAACUGGAUGACGGUGCUUACAACCCACUGUGGACAAUGCGUGGAUUCACACAGACAUUCCACUUCUGGAAGGAGACACGGCGUGCACAGUCAGUGCCACUAAAUGCUUUCCUGACAUACAUAACACUGCCCUGGUGGAGUAUUGCUAAAGAUAUUUUGGAUCACCGUGAAGGACCAAUUUUGACAUUUUAGUAAUUGCUUGCUGCUGCACAAGCCCUAGUAGUGCAGUAUUUAGGAAACUGCUGUAUGUACAAACGAUUCAGGCUUCUAGGGCAAACUGACAGGGCACCAAGUCAGUGGAUCUCCGUGCCUGUGUGAUACAAGAAUUAUGAUUCAGUGGCACCAGUGACUAUGAUUCAUGUGGUAGAAAUAAUAGAUAGUGUGAUAUAUAGUUCUGUAGUGACUAUACGUUGAUAUGAUGUAUUUUGUGAUGUGUAUUGCAUCCAGGGAGCAUACAGGACACAGUAUUUUUAAAGCAGAUUUGUCUGAUUAUUCUGAUGCCUUGUGGUGACAUAAAUGUGGUCUGUCCAGCAUUUAGAAUAGAACAUUGCUGUUAUGGCAUGUUUGCACUAUUCUUGUCAGCCAUUGUGCUGCCACAUUUUGAAAAUGGAUCUUACUGUCACCUGAGGUGAUACGGUUUGUUCUUACAUGAAGUACUUCAAUACAUUACAAAAAUGGAAAUAAUGAAAUGUAUUUUUUCCGUAAUUUCACAAUAAAAACUAAGGAUUUAUAAUUUACAUGAUUAUAUGUAUUGUGCAGUGAAAUGCAGCAAUUUUUGGCACAAUUUUGAAAGGCUCCUCAACUCGCAUUGGCCAGUGUAAACUGUUUACCAAUGAGUUGAGAUUAGAAUUGGUUGCUCUCUGGAUGUACCGAACUAUACCAAAGAAACAUUACAAGAACUGAACAAUUUUGUGAUAAUAUAAUAUUUAUUCAUGAUAAAGUUUAUGUCAUAAUUCAUAUUGAAUGUUGGUUGAGGAAUGAUGGAAAAGAAAUCUUUGUACCAAAGUUUUUAUGUGUUGAAUUAGAAGGUUUCCAGUACAGUCAUCUGCUUCUCAGUUCAAAAGUUUGAAGAACAGUUGUGUUGUCAAGUAGUAUCACAGAUUCAGUAUGGUGUUAAGCUUUUUUUGUUUUGUUUUUUUGGUUUUUGGUUGCCUUUUUGAUUUUGCCUACUGAAAGUAGUUACAUACAAUUCAAAGAUAUCAAAAUAAUUUUCUGUGUCAGAUCUUAGCACCUUUCUUUCUAGAAAAAGAAAUGCACUUUGUAAAUGGCUGUAUUGUGUGAGAAAAUUAAGAUCAUGUUGUGUUACCAAACUGAUAUAUUAGAUAUAACAACAGUGUUUCUGAUGAGUCCAACAAACAGCAGUCUGAAACUUAUAGAAGUUUAAAAUAGGUACUUAGAAGACGGGUUCACCAGGACAGAUUAGUUGCUACAAAGAUUUCUUCUGGGAUGCCUUGUGGUACACUGCCUUUGCCAGUUAGUUUCUAUUCAAUAGCUUAAAACUCAGAACUAAUGUUGAUGUUUUUAUAACCAUUUAAUGGAUCAAUUUUUAAUAUCCAUUUGUUGUCUCCUGUGUGUAAGUUUCCAUUUGGAAGGUAGAGUCCGUAAUUGUAUACUUACACUGAAGAACCUCACUUGUCAGAAGGUUGUGGUUCAUUUACAACGAAGUACUAAAAACAGUAAAGUCUUAAUGGUCAGUCAUUUGAGUUAAUACAGACUGAACCUCAGAUGUUUCAGAGAUUGGAUGAGUGACAAAUUGACUGAUGUUUUUACACACAUGAACCUAAUAUCAAGUCCAGUCUCCAUUAUGUAUGAACCAGCCAAGAAGCAGAGUCUGGCUGUCACACACUCAACAGAUGGCUUAUCGAUUUUGCUAAAGUAGGAUUUGAAUUUGAAAACUGCCAUUUUCAGUGUUGCUUAACAUUGCCCAUUGCUUGAUACAGACUGCAUUUUAUCUAACAGGCCUUACAGUCAAUACACAUGUGUGUACCAGAAGACAGACUUGACCAAUGAAAUGUCUUCUGUGAUUUUUAUCUGGACAAUGUUUCCAUGGCAGUAUUCUAUAUUUUGUGGAAGGCUUACUAUUCAGAGCCAAUUUUAGGAAUAGUGGCUUACACUGUACAGAUUUAAGUUCUCCCAUUUAUUCUAAAAAAAAUCAGUGCCAAAAUGAGUAACAGGAAACUUUAAGAUUCUCUAAAGAUUUGUGGCAGCAUUUAUAUCAUGAUUGUGUUUGACACUGUCUUUUGUCUGAGGUAUAUGUAAUGUAUAUUACAUUUUGGAGUUAGCUGUAAGAGUAGCUAAAACUGAAUAUACUUUACAGAAUGGGCUGUGCACAACAUAUUUGAGGUGUAGAACUGUUAAGGAAACUAGUUAAUUUGUUGUCUGGUGGUUUUAAGUAUCACCACUUGCAGGUCGAACUGCAAUCAAACAAGUUGGUCUACAGUAACAUUAUUCAGGAUUGCAUAAAUUACUUUAUACAUGUCAUCAUUUAUUGUUUUGCUGGUACUAUGCAGUCACGUGUUUCACUUGCUCCUUUUCUUCCCUCCAUAAACCAAAAAUUGAAAUAUUAUUUUUAUUACCAAAAAUUAUGGAAUAAUGAAAGCCAAAAUAAGGUAAACUUAUUAGUAUAAGAUUUCUAAACAGAAUGUGUUAAGAAUUGUUUAAAAUUACAAAAUUUGAUUCAAGCUUAAGCAGUGUUGGUCUUGCUCAUACAGAAUUAAUAUAUAGUAUUUAUGUACAAAAGUCUGAACACUGAUUUCUUUCUAUAUAAAGACAUUUAUGAAUACACAUAUUUGUACUUGUUGUGAUGGCAGUUUUCAAUUCGGAAAUCAGUGAUUUUGAAAGAAACAAAUUCAGUUUCACUGUUUAAAACAACUCUAAAUUUUAUUUAAAAAUUAACACAUGGAAGCAAAUUAUGAUAAGUGAGGUUGUUCAUGUUGACAGCAUUUGGUUAUAAACGUGCAGUGAAUCAAGAGUGAAUGAAUUAAGAGGAUUUAAUACCCAUCCAAAUAACUUGUAUACUCAAAACGUUAGCACUUGAUAGUAAUAUCGCUGUAAGUGUUCUCUAAAUUUCUACAAAAAUAAUCAAAAGAGAAAUUAUUAAAAUAUAUUUAUAUGAUAUGUUCAAAGAACUGAUCUAGUUAUACUUGACAUAUACCAGCAUACUUUGAGUGUUAUGUAUAAAGUUUUGUCGUGUGAUACUUUGUUCUAAGUGUACCAUUAAAUUUAUAAAUGUAGUCAAGUUUAUUAAUGUGAAUGAAAGAGAUCUAGUGAGCUUUUGUAACAAAUAUUCCCAUUCCUUGUAUAUUGAUGUAAAGUGUGUGUUUUUACUUGUAUCUGAAAUUGACACUUAUAUGUCACAUAAGUGACCAUAAUUGUAUGAGGCAGCU